AUGGCGUUCUCGUGCGGCAGCCUUGGGAGUCACAGAGCAUCCUCUCCAUUGUCCCCCGCUGGUCAGGACUGCACCCGGCUGGACCUCGCUCUAGAGGAGGGGCCACAGGCCCUUCCACUUGGUCAAGAGCGUGGUGAGGGGCGCCCGUGGGUGGGAAGCCCCACGGCAGGCGUCUUGGCAGAACGGGAAGGUGAGAGCCUGAGGCGCCGGCUCGCCCUGUGCCUGGACGAUUUCUUGAGGACGCGGCAGGCGCCGUUAUGGUCACUCCCUUUCCCAGCGAGCACUGCCCUCUGCACUCGGCGGGCCCCACGCCCACUCCCCUCCACGUCCCGCGCGGCGCGGUGCCCGUUGCCCGUUGCUGCACCUGCUCGUGACCUGCGGCCGGUGUUGUCUGACUGCUCCCUUUCCCCAAGGAGCAUAAAUACUUCCUUCUCCCGAAGAGAAGGACGUGGCCCAGUUAGGCUGCUGACAGAGACAGGAAAGAGGCGCGCGGUUGGGCACUGUCACACACAGGCCCAAGGAGACAAGCCUGCUUGGUGGGGGGGCAUGGGGACAGCUCCCGAGACCGACAGCCAGACACUUGCCCUCCCAGCCUCCCUUGCAGCUCAAGCUCAGACCGAGAGGCGCCGGAAAGAAGGGCGCUUCCAGGGCCCGCCAGAGUGGGCUCUUGUCUAA